UUAUCUGCAGUAUCAACAGUUCCCAUGGAUAAUCCCAACCCUUGCGAGAAGAGGCCGAGGCAGAGAGUUUCUGUUGCCUGCCUGCCCUGUCGGCAAAAGCGGAUACGUUGUGAUGGGGCGCUUCCUUUCUGUAGCACUUGCACAGCUAAAGGAAUACCAUGCGAGUAUAACUUCACUGAGAAUAAACGCAAGCCUCCCAGCAAGGCUUAUGUUCAAGCUCUAGAAGCACGGAUCCGGUCCCUGGAGGGGCAGCUGAGUUCAAGAAAUAAAACACCGGUCCCACAAUAUACAACAGACAGCGAAGACGCCAGCAUGGCAAUGCGGUUUGACUAUACUGACGACUCUGCGGGCCGAAAUCUAGUAUCUGCGGUGACGGGGUUAAUGGGGCGUCUGAACAUCGGUGACGAUGGACAGCUACACUACUUCGGGUCUCAAAGCAACUAUCAUCUCAUCCAUGAUAACCUGGGCUAUGACUCCAUGGAGUCUACCGUCUCUUUGCAACGACAAGGUCUGGAUGCUGUGGGGUGCCUGGGAAAGAGUGUGCCACUGUCGAUGGAGCUUCAAGAGCACCUGCUUGAGCUCUACUGGACUUGGCAGCACCCUUGGAACUACAUCAUCCACAGGGACGCCUUUUCCCGUGCCUUUAGGAGCAGGAUAUAUGGCAAAUACUGCACACCGUUGCUCCUCUCGGCUAUCUUUGCCAUUGCUAGCCGCUUUUCGGACCGCACCGAAUUGCGCACAGUCGCCGAAGAUCCCAACACCGCUGGAUGUGCUUUAUUUGAACAAGCCAAGAUACUAUUCCUCUACGAGAGUCAAGCGCCGAUUGUUGCGACUGUCCAAGCGGCAGCUUUGAUGAGUAUGAGAGCCUUAUCAGAUGGUCAGGAAGCAUUGGGUUGGUUAUACUGCGGAAAUGCGGCCCGCAUGGCGCUGAACCUGGGUCUCAAUAUCGAUUGCUCCCAAUGGGCGGCGUCUGGCCUCAUCAGUGCAGAUGAGGCUGAAGUGAGAAAGGUGACGUGGUGGGGAUGUUUCGUCCUCGACAAGCUCUUUUCGAUUGCAGUGGGUAGGCCAGGAUGUACAAGAAAAUCCCAGACUACCUGCCUGAAACCAAGUUUGAGCCAUGAAGUUGAAUUCGAGCCCUGGACCCCAAACCCUGGUUCCGCUCCAGAUGAUUCGGCAACAGUAAUGUCAAGCCGUGCUGUCUCAACUGGACAUCACGCUGCCGAAUGCUUGUUACUUGCCUCUGAAGCAAUGGAUCAAAUAUAUGCACCAAACAGCGGAUUAUCAGCCAAAGACAUUGAAGAUAUUGUCGCCAGAACAGAUGUUAAGUUACGCGCAUUCUAUCUGAGCCUGCCGAGCCAUCUCCGGCUGCCACCGACCUCGCAUCCACCCAUACCUGCACACAUAUAUCAACUGCACAUGCAAUAUCAUGUUAACCUUAUUUUAUUACACCGACCUCUCUUAGAAGUAUCUCUAGGCAUCCAUAAAAGCCUCUCGGCCUCAUCUUCCUGUGAAAGCCCUCAUGUAAAGGCUUGCCGGGAUUCAGCGUCGGAGGUGGUAAAGCUUUUGAAGAUAUAUAAGCAGCAUUAUACGUUGCGAUUUGCAGCUCUGGCUACUGUCCAUAUAGCCUUCACAGCCGCUAUUGUACAUCUGCUGGAUAUAAAGCUGGAAAAUAGCUUGUGUAAACAGCAGGCGAUGCGGAGUUUUACAACUUGUGUUGAUGCGUUGGAAGAGAUGAAACCCACGUGGCCCGCGUGGAGUGCAAAGGCGUUACUGGCAAUCCGUCAUCUCCAAGAAGAAUGGUCCCCGGAGAAGUGUCUGGAGAUGUAUGGGGAAACCUGA